GAGCCGGGCGGGGCGGUGACGGGGGGCGUGUCGCCAGGUAACGCGGGCGGCGGCGGGCGGCGGGGUCCGGCGGGCGGCGGCGGCGGCGGCGGCGAUGCCGGAGGGCCCGGAGCUGCACCUGUCCGGGCGCUACGUGAACGCGGCGUGCGCCGGGCUGGUGUUCGCGGGCGGCGUGGAGCGGUCGGCGGUGAGCAAGAGCCCGGCCGUGCCCUUCUCCAGCCCGGCCUACCGCAUCUCGGCGGCGGCGCGCGGCAAGGAGGUGCGGCUGACGCUGGCGCCGCUGGGCGCCGGGGAGCCGCUGGCGCUCGCCUUCCGCUUCGGCAUGUCGGGCUCGUUCCGGCUGUGCGCGGCGGACGGCGUCCCGCGGCACGCGCACCUCCGCUUCCGCACGCGCGAGCGGCCCCCGCGCGCCCUCUGCUUCGUCGACGCCCGCCGCUUCGGCCGCUGGCAGCUGGGCGCCGACUGGCAGCCGGGCCGCGGGCCCUGCGUGCUGAGCGAGUACCCGGCCUUCAGGGAGAACGUGCUGCGGAACCUGGCGGACAAGGCCUUCAACAGGCCCAUCUGCGAGGCCCUCCUCGACCAGAGGUACUUCAACGGGAUCGGCAACUACCUGCGCGCGGAGAUCCUCUACAGGCUGAAGAUCCCUCCUUUCGAAAAGGCUCGGACUGUGCUGGAGGCCCUGAAGCACGAGAAGCAGGAUCCUUCCCUGACACUGAGCAAGAAGCUGAAGCGGGAGACCCCAGAUCUCCUCGAGCUGUGCCACACUGUGCCCAUGGAGGUCGUCAAAAUGGGAAAAAAGGGCUAUGACGCAGAGCACUCGAAUUACUCCACUGCUUUCAAGAACUGGCUGCAGUGUUACUCCGUGCCUGGCAUGAACUCUCUGCGUGACAGCAAGGGCAGGACCAUCUGGUUCCAGGGAGAGCCUGGUCCCAUGGCUCCCAAAGGAGGGAAGACCCGCAAGAAGCGCGCUCAGCUGAAGGCAGAUCCUGAGGCUCUGACUCCUGAGGGAGAGCCUGGUCCCGUGGCUCCCAAAGGAGGGAAGACCCGCAAGAAGCGCGCUCAGCUGAAGGCAGAUCCUGAGGCUCUGACUCCUGAGGGAGAGCCUGGUCCCGUGGCUCCCAAAGGAGGGAAGACCCGCAAGAAGCGCGCUCAGCUGAAGGCAGAUCCUGAGGCUCUGACUCCUGAGGGAGAGCCUGGUCCCGUGGCUCCCAAAGGAGGGAAGACCCGCAAGAAGCGCGCUCAGCUGAAGGCAGAUCCUGAGGCUCUGACUCCCGAGGUCAGCACACGUGCCUCGAAACGGCGUCCCAGGAGAGCGGGGAGCGCCCCAAAGCCAACUGAGGAGGAGGAGGAGAAGGUGGUGGCUGAUGAGCCAGGGCAGGGACGUGCCCGCAGGGGAAGGAGGAGGAAAGCUGCUGCUGCUCCAGCCUCAUCUGAGCCUGAGGCGCCGGUAAAAGCAAAAAGAAGCCGGGUGUCUGCACGGAGGGGCGCAGGUGCAGCCCCUGCCGUGUGACUGAGACUGCCACAUGCUGCCCUUCUGCGCUUUGGCUUCGGGAAACGCGUGCGGUGCUGCCACCUCUGCUGCAGCCUCAGGGGCAGAAGUGCCGGCCUGGGCUGCCAGGUGAUGCUUGCAGACCUCCCUUAGCCUCCAGCCUUGCUUUUCAAAGCCUGCUGCAACCCCACUGCCCUGCAGCCAUCGCGACCAGGGUAGGGGAAGCUGUGCAUUCCUUCCUUUCGCUUUUUAAACUUUUUUUUUUUUUUUUUUUUUUAAACUUUGUUUGGCUGUCUUGGCUAGAGCUGGCCUGAUAGCAUGGUUUUUAGAUCAGUUCCUUGGUGGGACCCCUCUUACACUGCCUUUGCUAAGUGUAAGGUCAGGCCCAGACCAGACUGGCCUGAUACAGAAAGUGACACCCUCACAGGUUUUGGGGGUGGGGGGAACAGGUCAUGUCCCUGCCCUGAUCUGGGGUUUCAGAGGGGUAUUUUAGAUCAGUAGGAGGGGUUAAGGCAGGACAGGGCCAGAGCCUGGGCAGAGCAAGCUGGGUUAAUACUCAGGGGGAACAGUUCUCUGCACCCAUCUUCCUUCCUGCUCACUAUUGCUGCAUCCUGCCAGCGUGGGAAGGAGAGGCUUGGAGCUGGGGUCACUGCUGGUGUUCACUUAGCCAAAUUCUUCCUGCCGUCCCCAGGGCUUGGGGGGGGGGUGGGGGGGUGGGAGGGGGAAGAGGAAGGGACAGCGGCUGCACACUGCAUUGGACUCUGUCCUAUCCCUCUGCUUAAGUGCGUUGCUGCUUUCCUUUCCCCCUUUUCUGGCUGAUGCUGGAAUCACUGAGAAGGCCACAAGUGUUUUUUAGCUGACUAAUAAAGUAUCUUGUGUAGAAA